GUUACAGUAUUCCAGCAGCCUCAUUACCUCGCGAAUUUCGUUCAAGCAACAUUUAAUGCCCUUCCAGCUGACCAAGUAAAAGGUGCCACCAUUGUUGUCUCCGGCGAUGGGCGCUAUUUCUCAAAGGAUGCUGUUCAGAUCAUUGCAAAAAUGGCUGCUGCUAAUGGAGUAAGACGUGUCUGGGUUGGACAAGACAGUCUCUUGUCAACUCCAGCUGUAUCUGCUAUCAUCCGUGAAAGAAUUUCUGCAGAUGGCGCAAAGGCUACUGGUGCCUUCAUUUUAACAGCCAGCCACAACCCAGGUGGUCCAACCGAGGACUUUGGAAUCAAAUACAACAUGGGGAAUGGUGGACCCGCCCCUGAGUCUGUUACCGAUAAGAUCUUCUCUAAUACAAAGACAAUUACUGAAUACCUCAUUGCGGAGGACCUUCCAAAUGUCGAUAUUUCUGUGACAGGUGUCACUUCCUUCACUGGACCUGAAGGACCUUUUGAUGUCGAUGUCUUUGACUCUGCUACAGAUUACAUCAAGCUAAUGAAGACAAUCUUUGACUUUGAGUCUAUUAAAAAGCUUCUGGCAUCUCCAAAGUUCUCGUUCUGUUUUGAUGGCCUUCACGGUGUUGCUGGAGCUUAUGCAAAGCGCAUGUUUGUGGAUGAGCUCGGCGCCAGUGAAAGCUCACUGUUGAACUGUGUUCCAAAGGAAGACUUUGGAGGUGGUCAUCCUGACCCUAACCUCACCUAUGCAAAAGAACUGGUUGAGCGGAUGGGUCUUGGGAAAACCUCAAACGCUGACCCCCCUGAAUUUGGUGCGGCAGCUGAUGGAGAUGCUGACCGUAACAUGGUUCUGGGUAAACGAUUCUUCGUGACACCAUCAGAUUCGGUUGCCAUUAUCGCAGCCAAUGCUGUUCAAUCAAUUCCUUACUUCGCUUCUGGCCUGAAGGGAGUUGCCAGGAGCAUGCCAACAUCAGCUGCACUUGAUGUAGUUGCAAAGAAUCUAAAUCUCAAGUUCUUUGAGGUGCCUACUGGGUGGAAAUUUUUUGGAAACCUGAUGGAUGCUGGAAUGUGCUCAGUUUGUGGUGAAGAAAGCUUUGGCACGGGUUCUGACCACAUCCGUGAAAAGGAUGGUAUUUGGGCUGUUCUAGCUUGGCUAUCUAUUCUAGCUUACAAGAACAAGGACAACCUUGGAGGAGAUAAGCUUGUUACGGUUGAAGACAUUGUUCUUCAGCACUGGGCUACUUAUGGUCGCCAUUAUUAUACACGAUAUGACUAUGAGAAUGUUGAUGCAGAAGCUGCCAAGGAACUUAUGGCUAACCUAGUAAAGAUGCAGUCGUCCCUGUCUGACGUUAACAAGUCGAUCAAGGAGAUCCAGCCUACUGUUGCAGAUGUGGUUUCGGCUGAUGAGUUUGAGUACAAGGACCCUGUUGAUGGUUCUGUCUCCAAGCAUCAGGGUAUCCGGUAUCUCUUUGGAGAUGGUUCCCGACUGGUGUUCCGCCUUUCUGGAACUGGUUCAGUUGGUGCUACUAUCCGUAUUUACAUUGAGCAGUAUGAGAAGGAUUCUUCCAAAACCGGGAGGGAGUCGAGCGAUGCUCUUUCUCCACUGGUUGACGUGGCCCUGAAGCUUUCGAAGAUCCAGGAGUACACCGGCCGAUCUGCCCCCACGGUGAUCACAUAAAUUUUGACCUAGAUAUGCGCCGAGGCCGCGUAUGAAGUUCAGUUCUGGCCUCCUGUUCGAUAGCUUUUUUUUUACAUCUCCCUUGCACCUGAAUAAAUGUAUGUGCCAGACCGUCCUUGUUUCGUUGCCUAUACUGCAUACUCUGCUGCUGGUACAGACGUACAGUGUAUGGCAGUAAUCUUGUCGCAGUGAUUGUAAUCAAGAGUGUGCUUCUUCAUGCAAUAUAUUGACGUGUUUCUUUUU